AUGUCUCCUCUUACCUUUUUCCUGCUCUGUGCACAAGUGUGUUUUAUUCAGAAUGCCUACUGCCAGUGUUUGGGCACAGGACUCGGUUUGGGUUAUGCUCCGGCAAUUGUCGCUGAAAAUGAGCUCGGUUGCGGAGCCUCCCUUGCGGCGGAUAUAGCUUACGGUCCUGGCUUUGCUCCUGGCCUCGGAUACGGAUAUGGAUACGGUCUCGCUGGUCCAGCUGCUCUGACAGGUCCCGCUGCGUAUGGAGCAGGCCCGGCUUAUGGCGGCGCUGGUAUAGGAGACGUAACGGUCGCUGGCGAGAUGCCAGUCGGCGGUACUACUCUUGUCGCUGGUCAGGUGCCCAUCCUUGGUGCCGUGCAGUUCAGGGGUGAAGUCCCUGCUGGUGGUGUCAUAUCCAUCACCGGUCAAUGUGGCUGUGGUUGCGGUUGCAACGGACCCUAUGCGUACUAA